ACCCACAGCGGCGGAAGUCAGCCUCCAGGACAAGAUGGCGGCUCCGAAGAUCGCGCCGAGAGACGCUCAGGUUAUGGCGCAGAUUUUGAAGGAUAUGGGCAUCGCAGAAUAUGAACCAAGAGUUAUUAAUCAGAUGUUGGAAUUUACUUAUCGAUACAUAACAACAAUACUGGAAGAUGCUAAAAUAUAUUCUAGUCAUGCUAAAAAAUCAAGUGUUGAUGCUGAUGAUGUAAGACUGGCUAUUCAGUGUCGAAUGGACCAUUCGUUUACAUCGCCUCCUCCUAGAGAUUUUCUUUUGGAGAUUGCUCGGCAGAAGAAUCAAAACCCAUUACCUUUAAUAAAACCGUAUUCUGGGCCCAGGCUACCACCAGACAGAUAUUGCUUAACAGCUCCGAACUACAGACUGAAGUCACUACAUAAGAAGAUGACACCAUCCAGCGGAAGAAUAACUGUACCAAGACUAAGUGUUGGAACAUGUGUUACAAGUCGCCCCAGUACACCAACACUGGGUACCCCUUCAUCACAAACGGUGGCUGUUACUACAAAAGUGGGAACUCCUGUCUCACUCGCAGGACAAAGAUUCACUGUGCAAAUUCCUUCCUCGCAAACGUCUGUCAAAUCAGCAACAGGCAUACAAUCAACAACUGCGGUUCAAAAUGUCCUGAUUAACCCAUCUCUCAUUGGUUCAAAAAAUAUCCUCAUCACGACUAACAUGGUCUCAACCCCAAGUACCACCAGUGAUGGAAAUUCUUUGAAACGGAAACAUGAAGAUGAUGAUGACUUUGAUGCUUCAUAAAAGUAAACCGGAACAUUGUUUUGUAAAGCUAUUGUGCUUUCCAGAAAACAUACUACAGAAUGAGACACCCAGAUUAUGAAUCAUGUUCUUUUGCAGACACCAUUGACAGAAGUUUACUAAAUGUCACCUCAUUAUCCUCAGAUGGUUUGCAGGUCAUCUGUUUGGACAAGCUGGGCAUUAAUUACAUCCAGGAAUGUGAAACUAAUUUAUAAAAAUGCUAGCACUCUAUGGCCAGUUCAAAUUGUGAACAUCAGACGUUGGAGAUUAAAGAAAUGUGCCAUUCAAAACGCUGGAUUUCUUCUUGCCACAUGUUUAUUUGUUUUUUGAAGUAGCCUGAAUUCAAUUUAAAAUAUGUUUUGAGGUGUGCAGAAUUAUUGGAUUUUAAGAGUUGAUUUGGGGAGUUUCAAGUAUUUGCUACAUUGUUGUCGUUUUUUAUUGUUUUCCACAUUUAAUUCAUGUGAAUAAUUGGUAUUGAGACAGGCUUUUAUUCCUCAUGAAAAUGUGAAAGUUACGUGUGUUGAAACUUACACAUUUUUUUGUUAGUUAUUAUGUAAAAUAAAUUUGCAUUUGGAGAUACGGUUUUACAAAAGUUAUUCAAAAUGUGAACCAGUUGUAUUUUAAUAAAUUUUUGUACAAUGAGAUGAGACCAAGUUUGGGGGGAAAAGUCAUUUAACCUUAGUUAUGUCUCUGCAAAAGCUACAUUCAAUACAGCAUGGAAACAAACACUUCUUGUUACUUA